ACCUAGAGCCGCCGUCGCCGCCGUUGCGACCGCCGCAGCGGAGUUCAGAGGGCCCGGAGGUGGGAGACUUCCCGCACGGUGGCGGAGAUGUCGUCCACCGCGGUCUUCUACCUUCUCUCCACCCUGGGAGGGUACUUGGUAACCUCGUUUUUGUUGCUCAAAUACCCGACCUUGCUGCACCCGAGAAAGAAGCAGAGAUUCCUCAGUAAACACAUCUCUCACCGCGGAGGUGCUGGUGAAAAUUUGGAGAACACAAUGGCAGCUUUUCAGCAUGCAGUUACAAUUGGAACUGAUAUGCUGGAAUUGGACUGCCAUAUCACGAAAGAUGAACAAGUUGUAGUGUCUCAUGAUGAGAAUCUAAAGAGAUCAACUGGGGUCAAUGUAAACAUCUCUGAUCUCAAGUACUGUGAACUCCCACCUUACCUUGGCAAAUUGGAUGUCACAUUUCAAAGAGCAUGCCAAUGUGAAGGAAAAGAUAACCGAAUCCCAUUACUGAAGGAAGUUUUUGAGGCCUUUCCUAACACUCCCAUUAACAUCGAUAUCAAAGUCAACAACAAUGUGCUGAUUAAGAAGGUUUCAGAGUUGGUGAAGCAGUACAGACGAGAACACAUAACGGUGUGGGGUAAUGCCAGUUAUGAAAUUGUAGAAAAGUGCUACAAAGAGAACUCAGAUAUUCCUAUACUUUUCAGUGUGCAACGUGUUUUGCUUGUUCUUGGCCUGUUCUUCACUGGUCUCUUGCCGUUUGUGCCUAUUCGAGAACAGUUUUUUGAAAUCCCAAUGCCUUCUAUCAUAUUGAAGCUGAAAGAACCACACACCGUGUCCAGAAGUCAGAAAUUUCUCAUCUGGCUUUCUGAUACUUUACUAAUGAGAAAAGCUUUGUUUGACCACCUGACUGCCCGAGGCAUUCAGGUGUAUAUUUGGGUGUUAAAUGAAGAACAAGAAUAUCAAAGAGCUUUUGAUUUGGGAGCAACUGGGGUGAUGACAGACUAUCCAACAAAGCUUAAGGGUUUUUUACAUAAUUUGUCAACAUAAAAAAGGAGAUACUCAAAAACAGUCAAAGAAAACAUGAAAAGACCUAAGGAAAAAAAAUUUGCCAUCAUUCCCCUAAGCCAUUUCCAGAAUGGUAAAGGUUUAAUCAGUUAAGUUUUUAUUACCUCAUUUUUAAGCCUGUCUGAGAAUGUAGAAAAUAUAUAUUGUAUAUUUAUUUUAAACAAUAUUGCAUAUUCUACAUUUGUAUAUUGGUUAGAAAGAUAACUGGUUAUGAGAUGUAAGUGGACUAUUGAUCAAGAUGUCUGUAUAUGAUGCAGUAUUCUGUUAUGAGUAAUUCUAAAAUCAAAGACUACUGGAUAGAUUUGACAUUAGCCUUCACUGGAAUAAGAUAACCAAUUAGUAAAAGAAAAUUAUUGAAGUCCAUUACAGCUAUUCUGAGUUGUCUUGUUGUUUCUGGGCACAUCUUAGUUAAAGGGAAAAAGUACAGUGGAAGGAGAGCUUGGAAAUCAGGGCUGUAGUUAUCUGACAAGUUGUGCAUUAUUAACAGAAGGCAGACUCAAAGAUUUAACUGAAGAUUUCUUGAUCAGAAAUAAAAUCUGUAAACUAAAUUAGAUUUCUUGGUUGCUGCUGUUAAUGGGGACAUUUUAUUUGGAAUCUUUUUCAGGUGUGUAACUAUGCUACCAUGUAUUUUUGUUUUUUGUAAACAUUAAAAUUGGAUUUAUUAAUAACUUAAGACAAAAGCCAAACAGUCAUAUUUCUAUGUUUCCUCUAAAGAAAUGUAAAUUUACCAUUUUUGGCAAUGACUAACAGGUUGGGCACACAUCUAGAUUUUAAAUAAGAUCUUGAAUACUCCUGAUCACAUGAAACUUAUGAAAAUGCAUAUCAUUGUUUCUAAUACUUAGAGUAUGAACCAUCUGUUCCUGAUCUUCAAGAAUUUAUUCUUCGAGUAUUAAGUGGAAACAGGAUUUCCUAAAGCUUUAGACAUCACUUUCUCAGCUUUCCUGGUGAUUUCAUGUAAAUCUGUUUUUAAUCAUUUUGACUAAUUUUCAUUAUCACUUUGGGAGGUAAAUAAAAUCUGGAAUAAUAAGUGUCUUUUACCUAGAAAGCAUCUGUCAUUUUGAGUUUGGUAGCUAACAGCGAUGAAGGGUGAUCAUACUCUCCCACCUGUCCCUGAAUGACAUAAAUAACAUUUGGUUUUUUUGUUCUUUAAAUGGAAAUAAAGUUUUACAAGAACGAAAUAAAGGUUACUCAUUGUUUUUUUGCAGCUGUAAUCCAAAUAUGCUUUAUAGAUUUUUUUUUUUGCAGAAGUUAAUGAGGUGAUGAAUUAAUAAUAUGAGUUAACUGUACCUGAGAUUUCUCUCCAGCAUAAGGAAAAUAAAAUAUAGAAACACUUUUAUGGUAAAGAAGUUGCUUCUUGGCAUUUGAACAAAUAACUUGGGCAGGUAAUCCAUUACAUCAGUCAUUUUCACUUUCACUUACUGU